AUGAGCUUCGCGGCCCUCUCCCCCGCGGCCCCCGAGCCUCCGUCCCCGAUGGUGACCUCCGUCACCCCGACUCUGGACCCCUGCACCUCCACCUGCCCCGAUGCCGGCGGCCCCGCCCCUCUCAGCCCGGACGGGGCCUCGUCGCCCGGCCCGGGCCCCAGCAGGUGUGACCUCACUGGGGGAGGAGCUCACCUGGGGAGAGACCCCUGCCAGAGGUCACAGAAACCUCCGCCCCUCCACACCGGAGCCGACUGGAAGGUGGUCCUCCACCUGCCGGAGAUCGAGACGUGGCUGAGGGCGACCGGCGACCGGGUCACGCAGCUCGCUCACUCUGUGGGGCAAGACGGCGCCAACAGACACGUGGACGUCCACCUGGUGCAGCUCAAGGACGUCUGUGAGGACAUCUCGGACCAUGUGGAGCAGAUCCACGCCCUGCUGGAGACCGAGUUCUCCCUGAAACUGUUGUCCUACUCCGUCAACAUCAUCGUUGACAUCAGGACGGUGCAGCUGCUGUGGCACCAGCUGAGGGUCUCGGUUCUGGUCCUGAAGGAGCGGCUGCUGCAGGGCCUACAGGACUCCAACGGAAACUACACCCGGCAGACCGACAUCCUGCAGGCCUUCAGCCAGGACCAGCACCAGACUCGCCUGGACGCUCUGACGGAGGUGGACGACUGCGGCCAGCUGACCAUCCGCUGCAGCCAGGACUACUUCUCUCUGGACUGCGGCAUCACCGCCUUCGAGCUGAGUGACUACAGCCCCGGUGACGAGGCCGAGGCGCCGGGAUACGAGCGCGUGGACGAGGACGAGGACGCCGACGAGGACGAGGACGAGGCCUCCCGCGAGCUCGAAGGCCCAAAUCCGGAGCCGGGAUCAGAGAAGGGCGAAGGAAUCCGCCUCUCAAACCACGAGCACCACAGCAGUUUACCCGAACUCGCCACCAACCUCAACCGCUCUCCCUCGGCGAUGCUACCCACGAUGCAGUGCGGCACGCCCGACAACCCCGGUGAGAGCGCGAAGCGCCCCCUGCAGGGCGCGAGCCACAGCGCCGAGGCGUCGCCCACGGAGCCGUCGCUUCCCAAGAGAGCCGCUCUGUUCUCGGACGGGCCGACCAGGGCGGAGGACUCGAGGGACGGUCCGGGGGGGCUCCAGUUCCAGGCCGAGCUGAGUCGGAGCACCCCGUCCCUCAUGGAUCCUCCGGACCGCUCCAAGUUCUGGUUGGAGCUGGACCCGGUUUACCCGGAACACGUUUCACAGUCCUACGAGAGUCUGCAGAUCAUGAACGGACGGAACCUCCAGAGAAACCACUUGAGCUCCAAGACCGCCGGCGCCCCCCCGCCUCUCCGAGACCCGGCGUCUCCGGAUGACACAACCAGACGGAUGAGGACCCGGAGGGAGACCCGAGCACACAGUGGGGGGGGCGACUCCGACUCCUCGGCGCCCUCCCCGUUGAGGGAGCAGUUCCUCUCCUCAGACCUGGAGGCGUCCGGAGAGGAGUCCGACCCCCGACCGCGACCCGGCAAGACGGCGGUCUGGAUCGUGAGGCGCCACCAGAAGGGCGCCCAGGGUUCCCCCGGAGCCAGCCCGGACCGGGAGCACUGGUACGGGUCGGAGGAGUUCCUCGCCCUCCCCGCUCAGCUGCGUAAGACGGAGCUGCUCGCCAUGAAGCUGGAGAGCCUGGCCCAGUCCGUCCCUCUGAGGCCCGGCGACUGCGACUCUACCCAGGAGGCUUUGCAGGAUGUGGACGACUGGGAUUUGACAGACUGGGACGCCGGGGACGACGUGCCUUGUCUUCUGCCCCCGCUGCUUCCUUACAGACGAAACCUGGUCAGCCGCUUCAGCUCCACCUCCUCCAGCGACUUUGCUCCCUCGUUGGACGAGAGCAUGGAGUCCGGUCCGUUGAGCGGCCUGCAGUCCGAAGACGACGACGGGCGGAGGUCCGCGGAUCGCCGCGCGGUGGCGGCGGCGCCGGCGCCCCCGGUGGACGCGCGCGGAGGUGCGACCCUCGUGCAGCAGCUGCUGGAGGACAUUCAGAGUCAGGACAACGACCCGGACAUCUGGAGGAAGAUAGAGUGUUUCGUGCAGCAGUUGGACGGGUUCAUCUCGUGGCUGCAGGAGUCGUUGGACAGCACAGACAACUGGACGCAGCCCAGACAGGAGCUGGACAGCCUGAGGGCGUACCUGGACACACACCUGAGUUUCAAGCUAAACGUGGACGGUCACGGCGCUCUGAAGGAGAGUGUGAUGGAGGAAGGCAGAGCCCUGCUCAUCAUCAUCACCUCCCACCAAUCAGGUCUGAAGGAUAUCCUCCACAUGGUUUCCAGCCAAUGGGAUCAGCUCCAGCGGCAGAUCCGGCGCCAACAUGGCUGGAUGCUCCGCGCCCUCCGCUGCAUCCAGGCCCGCCUCCUCUACUCCGGCCAAUCGCACGAGCCCCUCGGGGCCUCGGCGGACGCGUCGGCCAAUCGGACGGCUCCGUGCCCUGCGGACGACAUCAAGGCUGAGCUGAUCCCGGGUCAGUGUGAAGCCCAGCGAGCCGCCCUGGCGGAGCAGAUGGCCGUGAAGCUGAGCAGCCUGCACUACCCCUCGUCGGCCAGCAGGAGGCACUACAGUCAGCUGGCGAGGAACAACAGUCUGCAGGAGUUCGAAGCCGAGUACCAGGAGCUCUGGGAUUGGCUGAUGGACAUGGACGCCAUGGUAACGGACAGCCACCAGCUGAUGAUGUCAGAGGAGCAGAGGCAUCACCUGUUCAAGAGCAGCCACGCCGAGCUCACGGCCAUGGAGAGCAGGAAGACCAGCCUGCUGGGCCGGGCCGAGUCCCUGAAGAGGAGCGGCUCCGAGCUGCCCGACAACUUCCACCGCAACAUACACAACCUGACGCACACGUGGAGGCAGCUGGAGAAGAUCCUCUCGGAGCAUUCGUCCACCGGCUCGUCCUCCCAGCCGGCGGCGGGCGCGGCCUCCUCGCUGCCGGGCGGCGGCGCCCCCGAGGGCCCCCGCUCCGCCCUCUCGCCGCUCACCAACUCGCUGCUGGAGCAGCUGGAGGCGCGCAUCAAGGAGCUGAAGGCCUGGCUGAGAGACACCGAGCUCCUCAUCUUCAACUCCUGCCUGGGACGAGACAAAGACGCCUCGGAGCAGCUGCUCAGCUUCAAGUCUCUGUGUUCGGAGGUGCGAGCCCGACGCCGAGGAGUCGCCUCCGUUCUGAAACUCUGCCAGAAGCUUCUGCAGCAGAGCCAGUCGGGCCCCAUGGCGGAGGUGGGCCCAGAGGCGGAGCAGCACCGGGAGGCCCUGCAGCUGCUGUCAAUCAACCUGGAGAGGAGGUGGGAGGCGAUCGUGAUGCAGGCGCUGCAGUGGCAGAACAGACUGAAGCGGGAGCUGGGAGAGAAGCAGGUUCUCGGGAGCGUUCUGGAACCGGGUCUAGUGGACCUCCACCAGAUCAGUCCGGUCCCGGCCGGUCCGGCGGCGGCGCCCGACGACUCCUGGGAGUGGGACGAGACGGACAUGACGAUCACGGAGCUGGAGCCACGAGGAGCGCCGGAACCCGACCUCGCGCACCACCUCCCCUCAGAGCCUUCGGACCGCAUCCCGUCCAGCGGGAAUCGACCCCGCGGUCCUGAGCCCACGUCCCGUACGAGGGCCGCGUCCCAAACUCUUCCCCCGAGCAACUACAACAACGUCUACCAGGUGUACAGCCUCCACAGCGUGGAGCUGUACAGGCAGCCUCGGUUCCCUCGCGCCUCCUCCUCGCCGCACAAAUCCAAAUCGGGAACGCAGAAGCAGCAACUUCUGCUGAAGAGCCUGAGUAAGGACUCCUCCUUCUCCUCCGUCGAAUCCCUCCCGGACCUCCUGGGAGGUCCCGCGUCAAACAUGGAGGACAACGGAGCCGUCGGAUCCCGGGACGGGGAGAGCGAGAGCGGCAGAGGGAGCUCCGGCCAGUCGGCGAGCGAGAGCGGCAUCGUUAGCGACACGGAGACGCCGAUGAACUCUGAGAUCCUCAGGGAGGAGGAGGAGGAGGAGGAGGAGGGAAAGAAUCCGAGGAAGUGCAACCAAAGAACCAAGAAAGAGGAGGGUGUGAAGGAGAAAGGAAAGAGGAGGGAUGAGAGCAGGAGAAACAGAGAGGAGGACAAAAGAAGGAGGCACAGGAGGGGAGGAGGUGAGGCGGUGGAGAUCCUGAUCAACGGGCGAGGAAUCCUUACUCCUGCCGUCUCGGACUCUGACUUUGAGGUGGGCGGAGUCGGCGUGGACUCCUUUGCGCCUCCUCCUGCUCUCGGCCGCCAGGCGUCCAGCCCCGCGGCGUCUCAGGGCUCCUCCUUGGAGUCCCUGCUGGCUCUGGGCGGAGAGUUAUUCCCCUCCAAAGAGCAGCUGCACCGUAGCGCCUCUCUGGAGAGCUGCCUGGCCCCGUGGCGCAGCGCCGACGAGACCGGCGGCAGCCCGGCCAGCCUCGGGGACCUGGACCCGGGGCGGAGCCGAGACCUGAAUGAAGCGGGAGGGAACCGCGGAGAACCGUCCUCCGGGGAGCUCAGCCGGAGAACCCUCGACCUCCUGAAGCGCCUGGAGAACAUCCAGAGUCCUCUGGAGGCGAAGAUGACCCGCAGCGUGUCCGACAUGACGCUUCGGAGCGGCUCCCUGCAGCGGAGCCGGAUCCCCGCCUCGCCGUCUCUCGGCGGGCGCCACGUCCCCCUCUGCGGGGUUUCGGGCCCCUCGCGGCGAGGCCCGCCGUCCCUGAUCAACGAGAGCUCGGCGACGGCGUCGCUGACGGAGCUGAGCAGCGCCGAGGACUCGUCCCUGGGCUCCGAAGACUUCGCGAUGCUCCGAAACCGCCGCCGCCUCUUUCCGGAUCCCGCCGCCGCGGCGCCCAACGCCAACUCGGGCUCCUGCAGGAAACGCUGCCACGGAAACGGCCGAGGAGGCCACGGCAUGGACGAGGCGGACGCGGCGAGCUUGAGCCUGCUGGUGAACGUCUCGUGCACGUCGGCGUGCACGGACGAAGACGAGGACGACAGCGACCUCCUGUCUUCCUCCACGCUCACGCUCACCGAGGAGGAGCUCGGCGUGCGGGACGGGGAGGACGGAGGCGGGGAGCGGUUGAGCGGCGCCUCCUCCGGUAACGACGAGGACGAGGACGAAGAGGGGAUGGAGGGGUCUUACGUCCUGGGGCUGGAGUACAUGAAGAGGGAGCUGCAGAGCUGGAUCCGGUCUCCUCGCACCUCCUCCUCCUCGAAAACGGAGGCGGUCCUCCGGGACGAGCUGCAGUGUGGGACCACCUUCACCUCCUCCCCUCAGAACAAGGAGCGGCUGCGCUUCCAAAACCACAACGAAACGAAAAGAGACGAGAAGGAGGAAGAGGAGAACCGGAGGAACGCGACGAGAAGCUACAUCAGCCAGUUCGUGGACGACGUGGAGAACGGCAACGUGGACCAGAGCUGCUUGAAGGGGAAAGACGAGGACGACGAGCUCCUCCGGGAGGAGUCGAGCGUGUUCACGAAGAAAGGGGAGCUGCUGAGGGAGUCCUACGCGUUCGCCAAGGCGGCGCGCGACGCCGCCGGCGACUCCGUCGUGAAAACGGAAUCCGGCCAGGCGAAGACGCUCUCCUCGUCGCCGUCCCGCGAGCUCCUCCCCUUCCUGUCCAAACGAGCCUCCUCUUUGGUGGGGCAGCUGCGAGGGGAGCUGCCCUGCCACAGCUCCUCCUCCUCCCUCCCCUCGCCGCCGUCCCUCUCGCCCGUCGAGGACUGCAGAUCCCACGAUGCAUUGCGCGGCGGGGCGCGGAAGGCCAUCACCAGCCAGGAGAAGUUCAAGUUCUCGUCUUUUGUGACGGAGGAGACGAGGAGGGAGGUGAGAGGCAAAGAGUCGUCCCUGCCUCCCAAAAAGAGGCACAGCUCUCACCCGUCCUGCUGCGGCCACCUCCCCUCCCCCUCCUCCUCCCCCUCCUCCCCCUCCUCCCUGCAUCCACGCCGCGUCGACAAGAAGGAGAACGUGCACGACUUCGUCAUGGAGAUCAUUGACAUGACCUCCCUGGCGCUGAGGAGCAAAGAGAAUCGUCCCGAGGAGCCGAGCCGGACCGACUUCCCCCCGGACCCGAGUCCUGCGUCGCUGACCCAGAUCAGAGACAAGGUCCUGGAACACUCCCACCGGCCUCUCCACCUGCGCAAAGGCGACUUCUACUCCUACCUGUCCCUCUCCUCCCACGACAGCGACUGCGGCGAGGUCAUCCAGUGCUCCGAGGAGGACAAGAGCUCCUCCCCGGCGCCGUACAGCCUCCCGUCGUACGCCACGCCCACGCGGGGCCUCCUCCUCCGCAGCAGCAGCAGCAGCCCCGAGCCGGACGACCUCCGCGCCCUGGGUCCGUCGCUGCCCCCGAGCCCGGACUUCAGGGACGAGGAGACCCUGUUCGCCGCCUGCACGGAGGAGGUCUACCUGGGCCCGCCUCUCUGCUACAGCAUGGCGCUCACCAAGAAACCGCGGCGGCUCCCGCAGGCGGAGGGGAAGGAGGACGCGGAGCGCGUGUCCUUCUCGGACCCCGACUACGAGCCGGAUGACGGUUUCGCUUACUCGCCUCGUUCCGGGCCAGGCGAUAGUCUGACCCACCUGUCUCCCUCGGAGGAGUUCGCGUCGCCCGGAGUCCGGGUUCACCCGUACUUCCAAGCAUCCACGAAGGAAACGCGCAGCUCCUCCUCUCCUUUCCUGGAGCCUUGUUACAGCUCUCUCUCCACCUCCUCCCUCCGGGGGCUCGGCUCCAUCCCGUCUCCUCCUCCUCCUCCUCCUCCUCCUCCUCCUCCUGCCGUGUCCUCUGGCGGCGAGGAAGAGCGGCGAGGUGAGGACCCGUCCCUCCUCUGUGAUGUCGCUGGAGGAGAAGCCGCGGCCGCCGCGAGUGUCGGCGCGCCGCGGGAGGAGAGCAGUCGUAAUGAGGGGCCUCCUUAUCUUAAUCCCCGGGCGCGUGUCGCCCCGAUAGACUCCUCCGCAGCCGAAUGUUUGGCAGAUACUAAAACGCUCAAAUCCAAUAUGGGCGCCGUAAUGACCAAGAUAAGUGUCUGCGGCUCCGCUACAAAUCCCUCAAAAGAGCCAGCCGCCGCCGCCGCCGCCGCCACGCGUAUUAAUCCCAAAAUUAACUGCUCUGCGAUGAGGGAGGCAGAUAGGGAGGCGAGGGGGAGGCGAGGGGAGUCGGAUGCUCGGCGGGGGCGGAGCGGCUCGCAGCAGGAAGCAAAGGCAGCGGCGCCGAAGCAGGCAGCCGCCGGUCGCGCCGCCAGAAUCGCACAAACCUCGGCUCGGGGUCCCGCCUCCAGAACCAAGACGGCCCGAAGACCCCCUGGACUGGGACCAGGAACCUCCAGGAUCCAGCUGUAAGGAGCUCCCUGCACCUACCUCCUCCCCCGCUGAGCUGAUCUCCAUCUCCCUGGCUGCCCCCAC